UUUAAAUAAAUAGAUAAAGUAUAGCAUUGUAUUUUAUUGUCUCUCAACGCAGAAACAACUUGUGUGUUGGGCAUCUUAUCCGACACUUUGAAGUGUUAGAACAUUUACUCGAAAUGUUGUUAGAUUUUUUUGUUUAGUAUAACGGAACGGUAGAGGUAUUCCUAGGAAAAAUGACGCCAGAAGAAACAAUUAUGACAAAGGUCCAAAAUGUGGAGGACGCUUUGAAAGACUCUUUGUAUAGAGUUAAUGUAUUAGAGAAAAGAUUGAAGACGAAUCUGCUGAUACUGGCAAAGCGUGAGCAGCUAGAGACUGAGCUAGAAGAAGUUAAGAAUGUACUUAAGAAGAAUGAAGAAAAAUUACAAAGCCUAAGAAAAGAAAACACAAAGUCGUUCAUGGUAGCAGGAAGCUUGGUUUUCGCGUGUUUUUUACUCUAUGGAUUAUACCUAAUGGUUUAUGGAAAGUUAUAG